AUGGACCCUAGCCCCGACGCCGAUAACUCGGUGCCGACUUCGGCUGACUUCCCUCUUCGUCACCCAAUGGGUCGUGGUCUCAGCUUCACUCUAGAGUGGGAAGACUUCUUAGUUCUUCGCAACCACAAGAUAGAGUUCAACGACGGAUGUUUGGGUUUCGGCAUCAGGACCUCAAUCCGGCACAUCGACCCGCAGACCGGUAAAGGGUAUCACCGCGACGAGGCCGCCCGCGUGCUAAAGUUCUUCCGCACGGCUGUCCUGGCCGAGCUGGGGCGUCCCGGUAGGAUGUGGGACUGGGCGCCGCCAUCACAAGCAGUGGUGGAGAAAGUGCCGGGCACAGUGUCGGACGGGCAUGUCGGUGCCCGCGUGCUUUCCGCGACGUCGUUCGGGUGGGUAGCGAAACAGAUCGACCAUCUGACAGGCGAGAAGGGUCGUAGUGGGGUGAGCAUCGAGAGCGUCGGGAUGAAGGGGCUGAAGGCUUUGCGCGACAGCAUGGUUGAGUACGUCGGCAAGGUCAUUGCCGUAAAACGCACCGCGGCGCCGACUUCUCAAGCCGCCGGACCCGCCGACAGUGCCAUUGAUGACGACGGCGCGGAAGGACAGAAGGCGCCCCAAGGUGCAGUUGCCGCCCAGCAUCAGGGGAACGCGAGGGUGCAUGGGGAAGGUGGAAACGGUGGAGGAGGCGACGCAGAGGCAGGUGCAGGAAGGUUGGAAACGGAGAAGUCGUCGUCGUCUGAGUCGGAGUCGGAGUCGGGGGAGGAAGACGAGGCGGUGAAGCGUAAGGACGAGGACGAGGAGGAGGAGGAGGAGGAGGAGGAUGAGGAGGAGGAGGAGGAGGAGGAGGAGGAGGAGGAGGAGAAUAAGGACGAGAAUGGUGAGAAGUGGGAGGGAGGGAAGGAUGAGGAGGGGGGGGAUGAAGAGGUGGAGCUCGUGGUGGAGUAUGUAGAGGGUACGGUUGAGGCGGGAGCGGCGGAAGAGGCGGUGGGGUCGGCAGAUCAGGGGAAUGAGGAAGAGAAGGAUGACGGCGCGGGAAAUGCUACGAGGUCGGCAGAUGUGGGGAAGGAGAAGGGCGAGGUCGGCGUGGAGGCAACGACGGGAAAUGGCCAGGAUGAGGCGGCCUGCGAGGGAGGUGGGAAGGUGUCGGUCGACGCCGGCGAAGGGGCGAACAACACGGGCGUGCAGGAGACCGGGGAAGCACCUGGUCGGCAGGGCCCUGAACUGGACGACGUUGAGGAGCUGCGACGGGAGAACUGGUUGUUGCGGGCGGAGAACGCUCGGCUGGCGACGUUGCUCGAUGCGGAGCGGGCUCGGCUGGACAGGUUUUUUGUUGGGGUCAGUGGACUCGUCGACCACGUUAAAGGGUUGGCCGAGCAGGUCGACGACACCGAGAAAUAUGCUGCGGAACAGCUGCGAAACGCGACGGAGGCCAUGUCGAAGACCAUCACGGGCAACAUCACCGGCAGCUUUGACGAAGCGUGGAAGUCGAUGAAGACAUUCGCGGAACAGGCGACGGAGUGGUUGGAGGACUUCGACAAUCCGGAGGGUCGUGUCGCGUAUGCACGGGCGUUAGCGGUCUCCGCCUUGGCCGAACACGUAGAUUCGGUGGUGGGCGAUGCGAAGAAGGGGUUGGAAGAGUACGUCUCGAACCACCUUGCCUCCGCGCAGAUGUCAGGCACCUCAAUGGCCACGCCCAUCACUGCUGGCUCGGCUGCUCUGCUCAGGCAAUACUUCAUGGACGGCUUCUACCCCACUGGCCAAAGGGUUCCAGCCAAUGGAUUCGUGCCAAGUGGCAUGCUGCUCAAGGCUACGUUGAUAAAUGGCGCCAUGCCUCUCACCGUUGCAAAUGGUGACCGUUACCCUAUAGACGCACCACCCUCCAUGAACCAGGGCUUUGGCCGUGUGCACCUGGGCAAUGCUGUGCCUAUAGCGGGUACAGCAACCUUCACUACAGUGGCAAUCGAGGGACCUGCUCUGAAGACCGGUAACGGCUACCGCGUUUGCUUGCUGGUUGAUCCUGGGAGGAGUGAUGGCGGAACAGGGAGCGAGGAUGUCAAGAUCACACUCACCUGGUACGACGCACCGGCAGCACUGGUGGCGAAUCAGAACGCGGCGACACCGCUGCUGGUGAACAACCUGGACCUCUCAGUCACCUCCCCCACCGGUCACACCUUCUUCGGGAAUGGGGGGCUGGCGCCUGACGCCCGUAACACUGUGGAGCAGACGGGUCAAAGGCCUUUUGGGGCAUCGCAGAAGAAAUCAUUGAGUAGGUAUCUUGCUGUCCUUGCCCUGAUGUCACCCAUCUGCCCCCAUGCCACCCCUCUGCCACCAUGCCACCCGUCUGCCACCAUGCCACCCCUCUGCCACCAUGCCACCCGUCUGCCACCAUGCCACCCCUCUGCCACCAUGCCACCCGUCUGCCACCAUGCCACCCGUCUGCCACCAUGCCACCCCUCUGCCACCAUGCCACCCGUCUGCCCCCAUGCCACCCCUCUGCCACCAUGCCACCCGUCUGCCCUCAUACCCGCACCGUAUGUGCCCACAUGUGCCUCCAGUGGCGGCAGCAGCAGCGGCGACGGCAGCAGCAGCAGCGGCGGCGGCAGCAGCAGCAACGCUAUGGCAUCAGCAGCAGUUACCAGCACGGACAGGCAGAUGGAUGUUGAUCCAACUGGGGGGUCUGCAGUGGUGGAGGAUGAAUGGGUUGGCGGAUGGGGGUUGCAGGAUGCAGAGGCACCGAGUGAGGAAGCAGAGGGUGGGGCGUUGGGCAGUGUGGGAAGAGGAGAAGGAGUGGCAGACGAAUGGGCAGAGCAAGGGGCAGACGCAGGGUCGGCAGGGGAAGCAGGAGAAGCAGGAGAGGAAGUAGGAGCAGGGGUAGCAGCAUUGGGAGGCACAGGGGAAGAAGAGAGUCGUGUGGUGGUGCUGCCAUGGGGGCCGUGCACCUCCCCUGUCACCUUCCCAUCCCUCGAUAGCGGCACCUACGUCUUCUCAGCUCAGCUCCUAGACACCUCCUACACUAACACCCUCAUCAGCCCUCUUUACAGGACCACCUUUGCUAUCGAUCUUGAUGCACCCACCACCACACUUUCCUCUGCUUAUACCCCUGCUACUACCGCAACCGCUUCUUUCACCUUCACCUCUCCUUCUGCUGACGUCAGCCACUUCCAAUGCCAGCUCAGCGCCUCGUCGCUCUCGCCUCCCCCCGCCGACCCCAUCACCCCGCAGCCAAUCACGUUCCGCCAAACAACCAGCAUCCCCACCCGCCUGCUCGAGUGGCUGUUUCCCCCCUCUGUAGUCACACAGAGCGAGCAACUUCCUGCCACAAGCCCAGGAGGACAAACCCCUCGUUUAGAUCUCACACAGGGGACCACCACUAGGGAUAACUGGAUUAACUGCACCAGCCCUGUGACUUACUCUGGCUUCUAUGACGGUCGCUAUGCCUUCUCUGUGAGGGCUGUGGAUCAGGCUGGGAAUGCAGAUCCCGCCCCCCCUAUAGUCACAUGGGCGCUCGAUACUGUCCUGCCGAAAGCAGUGAUUCUAGAAGCGCCGGCGGUGUAUUCGAACCUAGGGAGCGUUCGGUUCGCCUUUGGGCUUGAUGGGGAGGUGGGCUCUGGGCAGGCAGCGGCCUCACAGAUGGGUUUUGAGGCGCUAGAGGCAUUGCUAGUGGUGGAUCCGAACCAGGAAGCAUGGAACCGACACGGCCUCAACAACGCGUCAGCCAGAGCAGCUUUCACCAUCGACAGCACUCGUCCACGUGCGCUGCUGCUCUCCCAACCCCCUAGCAUCCUCAGUCAGCCCCAACCUGUCUUCUCCUUCUUCGCCCCCAAAAUGGUUACCUUCAGCUGCCGACUCACCGCCUCUCCUCCCAUCCCACCUGCUAACCCCUUCCCGUCAUCUCCUUCUGUCACCUCCUCGCUCUCUCCUGCCUCCUUUCCCUCUUCUUCCUCCUCUUCCUCUUCUUCUUCCCCUUCCUCCUCUUCCUCCUCCUCUUCCUCCUCCCCUUCCUCUCCUCCCCUCUCCUCCACCAUUCCCCUCUCGCCAUGUGUCAGCCCCGUGCGCUACAACCUGCCAGAUGGCACGUACACGUGGCAGCUGUCUGCCAUUGAUUGGGCGGGGAACGAAGCAGAACCAGUGCUGCUGGAUUUCACACUACCCAACUCACUCCCCUCCGCUACCUUACUCGCCACCUACAUGGGUUCAGACGGCCAGUCGGCGGAAUUUCGGUAUUCCUCUGCCACGUGGCACUGGCUGAUUCGCCAGAGCCUCCAAUGUUAUCUCCAGGAGCCUGGGCGCCGUGCACCAGUCCGUCUCCAGGAAGAAGGAGGAGAAGGAAGCAGCGAAGUCGAUUCUCCUGAUACCGGCACCGAUGGUGGUAGAACCGUCUCACAGACUGCUGCUGCUGCAGCUGCUGCUGCAGCAGCUGCUGCUGCUGCUGCUGCUGCUGCUGCUGCUGCUGCUGCUGCUGCUGCUGCUGCUGCUGCUGCUGCUGCUGCUGCUGCUGCUGCUGCUGCUGCUGCUGCUGCUGCUGCUGCUGCUGCUGCUGCUGCUGAUGAUGAUGCUCGUGGUGUGUCAUUCGUCGCACCCCUUCCACCCGCAUACAGCAGCAACAGCUCUGCCACGCUCCACUUCAUCACUGUACACAGUAACGGAACGUCCUCAAACGAGGACACACUGAAUCAGCAGCCAACAGCUCCUUGUGAAUGCGUCCUGCUUUCCACGCCCCUCCUCUCCUCCGCCACUUAUAAUCAGUCCACGCCCUCCCAGUCUCCUCCCCCACCACCCCUCCUCGCAUGGCCCUGCAGCAGUCCCAUCGUGCUGCCCUCUCUCCCUGACGGCCGAAACCAGCUCUGGGUGCGGCUGGUGGGGGAGCAGCGCAGUGGAGGGACGUGGGCAGCGUUCUCCUGGACCGUUGACACCACCCCACCCUCCACGUCCAUCUCGUGGGCCAAUGGCAGCGUGCCAGGUGUCGUCUCCUCACUGAGCCCCACAAUGCAGGUGUUUGGGAGGGAGGAGGAGGGAGGGAGUGGGGUGGUGCGCCUUGAGUGUAAACUGGAGGCGAUGAUGGGAGGAGGGGGAGCAGGAGCAGGAGGAGAAGGAGGUGUAGAGGAGAGAGGAGGCACCAAUGGAGGCAUUCCCACUUGGCAGCCUUGCAUUGGCUCGAUCCCCCUCGUGCAAGACAUGCCACCGACCAAUCACAGCACAGACAGCUCCACGGUCCUGCCACUGCCACAGCCCCCAUCUCAACUCACAAUAGACAUCACCCUCGCCUCACUCCUCCCGUCCCUGUCAUUCCCCACUCAAUCGCCCCUUUUGAAUCCCCCUCUCGGUGCAUCUCUCUGUGCUGCUCUCCCGGAUGGUGUCUAUGCGCUCAGCGUUCGGGCAGUGGAUGCAGCAGGGAAUGCGGACCCAAACCCGCCCUCGGUGCAGUUUGUUGUUAGUGCGUGGGCGAUAUCCCUGGCUGGGGUGGAAAGCAGAGAGGAGGGAGGGGGUGAAGGGGGGAGUGAGGGAGUGGAGAGUGGUGUUAAUGGUCAUCCUGGCAGUGGCGGCAGUGCAGUUCAUCCUGAUACCACUGCAGGCACAUACACUCCGUCCCGCCCUCUCUCAGCCUCUUUUCCCACUGUUGCCAUUGCAUGUGACGGCCGCUGCGCUGCCAUGCUGCCGGCCCCAUUUGCCUGGGAGCAUGCUCAACAAGGCAGAAGCCUGACCACCGGCAUGACCCAUGCUGCCAGCAGUGGUAGCCUCAAGGUGCUGGUGGCUAGGGGAGGAGAGGUGAGGAGCGGAGAAGCAGAAGAGGUCACUGGAGAAGAAUGGAGGAGGGGGCAAGAAGGCGUGAGGGGAGAAGAGCUGAAAGGACAAUCCGUGGAUGGAGGUGUAGCAGCGGCGCCGAGUCCAGCAGCAGCAGUGGAAGGCACGCCUCUGGUCUUCAACGUGCUCUCUGACGUCGUAUCCUUCACCUUCCCUCCUGCUCCACCUCCUCAGCCCGAAUCUCACCCUCCUGCUGCGGACACGAGAGUGGGGCCUGCCUCCCUGUCCGCCCCCCGGUCCCGUCUUGCCCUUGCAUCGCCUCUGCUUAUGAUCGGAUUCACCCUCCCAGACCCCUGUGACCCUAGCAACGACAACACUCCAUGUGCUGAUAUGCAAGCGCAGAAGGCUGAACCUGAAUCAACAGUGACCCCUCAGGCAGGAGCUCUAGCACCCACGGCAGCCCCGGUAGCAGCAGCAACACCCAUUCCACCAGCAGCAUCAGCAGCAGCAGCAGCAGCAGUAGUGGUUGUGCAGGGCUUGUCGCUGCAGGAGGUUCUUUCCUCUGCCAUCAAUGCAUCCCUCCCUGCAUCUCCUGCCAUCACCAUACUCUUCCACCCUCACACCACGCCCACACUGCCACCACCUCCAUCACCAUCAGCACCACCACCACCACCACCAUCACCACCGUCAUCACCAUCCUCAUCCCUCCAGCCACAUGGCAACCCCCCAGUGGACGGCUGGCAGCUGCUGGACGCGCGUCUGCUGUGGCAGCAGCAGCACCCCAGCGUUGCCACCUUCUCUGCCCCGCGCCCUGGACUCUACGCGGUGGCUGUGCAAGAAACCAACCAGUUCCACCUCCUUGGAAUGAAAAUGGCAAGCAUUUCUGGGGCAUCUCCAUUCCACCAGGCCUCGCAUCCCUUCCCACGUGACAUCCUAAAUCCGAUCAUGCUCUCCUCCCCCCGUUGCUGUGCCUCUGUGUGCGUCUGGCCGACCUGCUUUGGACUGGAGUGUGUGUGGCUGGUUCAGGCAAUCAAGACCCCUCAAGCACCCUCAGCAGCGCCCCUCCAGCCACAGAAUUAA